ACGAGAGUAGGGCUACGCGCAGAGGGGCGCCACGGCCAUGACUGCGGAGCUGCAGCAGGACGACGCGGCAGGGGCGGCGGACGGCCAUGGCUCGCCCAGGCUGGCCUCACUUGCAGCAGCCCUCUUGUUCCCACUGCCAAGUGCUCGGAUUGCAGGAGUUCUCCACCAGGCCUGCCUGCCUAAGGCUGUUUCUUCUGUUCCUGGGGGUUGACCCUAAGGCCUCCUGCAUGCUAGGCAAAGCUGCCAGAUGCUGUUAAAUCAGCUGCGAGAAAUCACAGGCAUCCAGGAUCCUUCCUUCCUUCAUGAAGCAUUAAAGGCCAGUAAUGGUGACAUCACCCAGGCUGUCAGCCUUCUCACUGACCAGAGAGUUAAGGAGCCCGGUCAUGACCCAGCUGCUACCGAAUCACCUGAAGGUGAAGGGAGCGCUACCAACAAAGAACUGCUAGCAAAAGUGAUAGACCUUACUCAUGACAACAAAGAUGACCUUCAGGCAGCCAUUGCAUUGAGUCUACUGGAGUCUCCUAAGAUUCAAACUGAUGGCAGAGAACUUAAUAGAAUGCAUGAGACAAACUCUGCAGAAACUAAACGCUCAAAGCGAAAACGCUGUGAAGUUUGGGGAGAAAACCACAAUCCCAAUAACUGGAGGAGAGUGGAUGGUUGGCCAGUUGGGCUGAAAAAUGUUGGCAACACAUGUUGGUUCAGUGCUGUUAUUCAGUCUCUCUUUCAGUUGCCUGAAUUCCGAAGACUUGUUCUCAGCUAUAGUCUACCACAGAACAUACUUGAAAACUGUCGAAGUCACACUGAAAAGAGAAAUAUCAUGUUUAUGCAAGAGCUUCAGUAUUUGUUUGCUCUGUUGUUGGGAUCAAAUCGAAAAUUUGUAGAUCCUUCUGCAGCCCUGGAUCUGCUGAAGGGAGCCUUCCGGUCAUCAGAGGAGCAGCAGCAAGAUGUGAGUGAAUUCACACACAAGCUCCUGGAUUGGCUGGAGGAUGCGUUCCAGCUAGCUGUUAAUGUUAACAAUCCCAGGAAUAAAUCUGAAAAUCCCAUGGUGCAGCUGUUCUAUGGUACUUUCCUGACAGAAGGGGUUCGAGAAGGAAAGCCAUUUUGUAACAACGAGACCUUCGGCCAGUAUCCUCUCCAGGUAAACGGUUAUCGCAACUUAGACGAAUGUUUGGAAGGGGCCAUGGUGGAAGGUGACAUUGCGCUGCUUCCUUCCGAUCAUUCGGUGAAGUAUGGACAAGAGCGUUGGUUUACCAAACUACCUCCAGUGUUGACCUUUGAACUCUCAAGAUUUGAGUUUAACCAAUCUCUUGGGCAGCCAGAGAAAAUUCAUAAUAAGCUGGAAUUUCCUCAGAUUAUUUAUAUGGAUAGGUACAUGUACAAGAGCAAAGAGCUUAUUCGAAAUAAGAGAGAGAGUGUUCGAAAGUUGAAGGAGGAAAUACAGGUUCUGCAACAAAAAUUGGAAAGGUAUGUGAAGUAUGGCUCUGGCCCAGCUCGGUUCCCACUCCCUGACAUGCUGAAAUACGUUAUUGAAUUUGCCAGUACAAAGCCUGCCUCGGAAAGCUGUCAAUCUCCACGUGCUGAGCAUAUGACAUUACCACUUUCUUCAGUGCACUGCCCUGUUUCUGACCUCACAUCCAAGGAAAGUUCAAGUCAAGAAAGCUGUUCUCAAGAUGCUGAAGGCACUUUUUCCUCUCCUGAAGAUGCUCUGCCCAAGUCUGAUGUAAUGAAUGGGCUGUUUACCUCUCCCCACUCCUCUGUGGGAAUGCCUGCACCCCCGGCUCCUCGGACAGUCACAGAUGAGGAGAUGAACUUUGUUAAGACCUGUCUUCAGAGGUGGCGGAGUGAGAUUGAACAGGAUAUACAAGAUUUAAAGAAUUGUAUCUCGAGCACCACCCAGGCUAUUGAGCAGAUGUACUGUGAUCCUCUUCUUCAUCAGGUGCCUUAUCGUUUACAUGCAGUUCUUGUUCACGAAGGACAAGCCAAUGCUGGACACUACUGGGCUUAUAUCUAUAACCAGCCUCGGCAAAUCUGGCUCAAAUAUAAUGAUAUCUCUGUCACUGAGUCUUCCUGGGAGGAACUUGAAAGAGAUUCUUAUGGGGGCCUGAGAAAUGUCAGUGCGUACUGCUUGAUGUAUAUAAAUGACAAGCUACCCCACUUCAAUGCAGAGGCAACUCCUAACGAAGCUGAUCAAAUGGCAGGAGAAGUAGAAGCCCUGUCUGUGGAACUCAGGCAGUACAUUCAGGAGGAUAACUGGAGGUUUGAGCAAGAGGUGGAGGAGUGGGAAGAAGAGCAGUCCUGUAAGAUCCCACAGAUGGAGUCCUCCCCAAACUCCUCAUCACAGGAUUUCUCCACAUCUCAAGAGUCUCCAGCAGCCUCCUCCCAUGGCGUUCGAUGCUUGUCCUCUGAACAUGCUGUAAUUGCAAAGGAGCAGACUGCCCAAGCUAUUGCAAACACAGCCCAUGCCUACGAGAAGAGCGGUGUGGAAGCAGCCUUGAGUGAGCUUAAGGAAGCUGAACCCGAGAAGCCCAAACCCCAGGAAACAAACCUUGCAGAGCAGUCAGAGCAGACCCCAGAGGCCAGUGACACAGAGGCUGCUACCCCACCUAACUCUGAGGUCUCUGAAGUCGAGAUUCCCAGUGUGGGAAGGAUUCUGGUUAGAUCUGAUGCAGAUGGAUAUGAUGAGGAGGUGAUGCUGAGCCCUGCCAUGCAAGGGGUCAUCUUGGCCAUAGCUAAAGCACGCCAGACCUUUGACCGAGACGGGUCUGAAGCAGGGCUUAUUAAGGCAUUUCAUGAAGAAUACUCCAGACUCUAUCAGCUUGCCAAAGAGACCCCCACCUCUCACAGUGACCCUCGCCUUCAGCAUGUUCUUGUCUACUUUUUCCAAAAUGAAGCACCCAAAAGGGUAGUAGAACGGACCCUUCUGGAACAGUUUGCGGAUAGAAACCUUAGCUAUGAUGAGAGAUCUAUCAGUAUCAUGAAGGUGGCUCAGGCCAAACUGAUGGAAAUUGGUCCAGAUGAUAUGAACAUGGAAGAGUAUAAGAGGUGGCAUGAAGAUUACAGCUUGUUCCGAAAGGUGUCUGUCUACCUCCUAACAGGCCUAGAACUCUUUCAAAAAGGAAAGUACCAGGAAGCACUGUCCUAUCUGGUGUAUGCCUACCAGAGCAAUGCUGCCCUGCUGAUGAAGGGGCCCCGCAGGGGUGUGAAGGAGUCUGUGAUCGCGUUGUACCGCAGAAAAUGCCUUCUGGAGCUGAAUGCCAAGGCUGCUUCUCUGUUUGAAACAAAUGAUGACCACUCUGUAACAGAGGGCAUUAAUGUGAUGAACGAGUUGAUCAUUCCCUGUAUCCACCUGAUCAUUAAUAAUGACAUCUCCAAGGAUGACUUGGAUGCCAUUGAGGUCAUGAGGAACCACUGGUGCUCUUACCUGGGGAAGGACAUCGCAGAAAAUCUGCAGCUGUGCUUAGGGGAGUUCCUACCCAGACUUCUAGAUCCUUCUGCGGAAAUCAUCAUCUUGAAAGAGCCUCCAACUAUUCGACCUAAUUCUCCUUAUGACCUUUGCAGCCGGUUUGCAGCUGUCAUGGAGUCCAUUCAAGGAGUUUCGACAGUAACAGUGAAAUAAGCCCCUCACCGUCAAGACUCAGCCUGGUCUCUGGUCACCUGCCUGUUCCAGCAGCCUGUUAUUGCAGAUUAUCCUGGAGAAGGGGACUGGGUGGCUGAGCAGAGUCAGACCCUUACCCCUCUCAUGAUGUGUGUUCAAAGGAUUAAGGAUAAAGUUGCACAUUGUAGGUACAGAAUCAUGAGAGCUAUUUCCCUGAAGGCCAGUGCAGUGUAGUUUUGAAUUGUCCCAGAAGACCUGAAUUGCCUUUUUAAUCUCCCAUAAUACUUGGGUUUGUGUAAGCCUCAUGCCAUUUUUAAAUUGCCCUUCAGGCCCCGGUAUUUGUGACAGCAGAAGGGUGACUCACCAGAACUGAACUGGAGGAGCAGUUAUUAGUCAUUUUGUCAAGUUCAGAUGACACUGAAAUCCUUAACUACCAGAAAUUCGAGAUAGAAGUCUUGCGCGGCUCUUGACAGUGAUGAAAGGGAGUACUGACGAGCCCUUCCUUCCACGUGUGGGUGGAACCUGAGGCUGCGCCGCCAAGCCAGGGAAAGCUGCCUCACCUUUAGGUCUGUUUAUGUUUAUAUAAACCAGAAAACCUCACGUUCAGUCCUGAGUGAAAGAAAAGAAAGCUUCAUGGGCUUUCGGCGCAGUGGUAUUGUGAAGCUGCCCAAGGAAUGUUGUAAUAGUUAUUAAUCAUUUAAGCAAAACUCUGAAAAUUAUCAGAAGCAGGUGUCUAAGGCUACCCUGGCCUAACAGAACAUUUUGAUCCUCCUUUUCCCCCCACUUUUAGAAAGUAAGGGAUGUGAAUUUGUAUAAAGAAAAGAACAUUUAUCUGUAUGUAUAUGUAGAGAGAAAUCCAUUUUUAAAGAACUUCUAAUUGGAAAGUCAUGUUUUAACCAAAUUUUAAGGAUUAGUGGAAAAAUCAUGGGAGGGAAGAACAAUACAACUAUGCAGAUUUUAUAAAUGUGCAAUAAAAGUAUUUGUUUUACCUUU